AUGCCGGGCAGCGACACGCUGCUGGCCGUGGAUAGGACGUACUCGGACCCGAAGCGGCACCGGCGCCGCAAGACGCGAGUGGAAAGACAUGACAUGAAUACCCUGAGUUUACCACUUAACAUUCGUCGUGGAGGCUCUGACACCAACCUGAACUUUGAUGUACCAGAUGGGGUCUUAGAGUUUCACAAAGUCAAACUCAGUGCGGAUAGCUUGAAACAGAAAAUCCUCAAGGUUACAGAACAAAUCAAAGUUGAACAAACAGCUCGAGAUGGAAACGUGGCUGAGUAUUUGAAACUGGUAAACAGUGCAGACAAGCAACAGGCUGGGCGCAUUAAGCAAGUCUUCGAGAAAAAGAACCAGAAAUCUGCCCACUCCAUUGCCCAGCUGCAGAAGAAAUUGGAGCAGUAUCACAAAAAGCUCAAGGAUAUUGAACAAAAUGGAUCUUCCAGAAGUACUAAGGAUACUUCCAAAGAUAACUUGAAAGAUAUUCAGCAUGGAAGGCCUCGUACCUCUGGGCAUGGAACAGAGAGCAGCAAGUCGGGUGUGCCGGGUGUAUCCUUGACACCACCUGUCUUUGUUUUCAGCAAGUCUAGAGAGUUUGCAAACCUGAUCCGAAACAAAUUUGGUAGUGCAGACAACAUUGCUCAUCUCAAAAAUAGCUUGGAUGAAUUUCGGCCAGAAACGAGUUCUAGAACAUAUGGGGGCAGUGCCACCAUUGUUGCCAAACCGAAAUAUGUUAGUGAUGAUGAAUGCUCAAGCGGGACCUCUGGCUCAGCGGACAGUAAUGGAAAUACUUCCUUUGGUCCUGCUGUGGCAAGUACCCUGAACAGCCAAGGAAAGCUUUCCAUUAUUUUGGAGGAACUAAGGGAAAUCAAGGAGACACAGUCCCAAUUAGCUGAUGAUAUUGAGAAUUUAAAAGCACAAUUUAAAAGAGACUAUGGCUUUAUUUCUCAGAUGUUGCAAGAGGAAAGAUAUAGAUAUGAAAGAUUGGAAGACCAGUUAAAUGACCUCACUGAUCUUCAUCAACAUGAGACAGCAAACUUGAAACAAGAGCUAGCCAGCAUAGAGGAGAAAGUGGCGUAUCAGGCAUAUGAGCGAUCACGAGAUGUUCAGGAAGCCUUGGAAGUUAAUGCCAAAGUGCUCCUGGGGAAAUGUAUAAAUGUUAUCCUGGCCUUCAUGACUGUCAUCUUGGUGUGCGUUUCUACUAUUGCAAAGUUCAUUGCUCCUAUGAUGAAGAGCCGUUUUCAUAUCAUUUGCACUUUUUUUGCAGUGACACUGCUGGCAAUAUUUUGUAAAAACUGGGAUCAUAUCAUUUGUGCCAUAGAAAGGAUGAUUAUACCAAGAUGA